AUGGUUUUCUUUGAAGGCGUCACUGGUCAACAACUACUGUUUUUCCAUGAAGAUAAGACAAAAGACAGCUCAUCUGAACAAUAUUACCAAGUCCCUUUAAUUAUCUCUUUGCAUCUCCAGGCAGAUGAAAUCUCAAAACCCAAUGUAUCAGAAAGCUACGUCAGUUGUCACCUGCCAGACUGCGUCAGAUGCAAACCAAGAAAAGACAACCAACUUCUAUGGAAUGAAAGACUUACAAAGUUUUUGGAAAAGCAAACCCCAGAAAAUCAACUAUUACUUCAAGAUUUAUGCGAAAGCUUUAGACAUGAUAGGCAAGGAGCACACAUUGAUAGCAACUAUGACAAUAGAGACAAAACCUUCGAUCUUCAAAAUCCAAUGGUUUAUUCAUAUCCCAAAGUUACAGGCAUUCCAUGGUAUGAAAUUGAGGCUUUAUCUAGCGUAGCCUACAGGAGUGACGUUCAGACUUUAAAAGACAAGUUUGGAGUGAUUAAAGAGGACUUUGAAAAUGUUUACUCAAGAUAUCUGGAAGGUGAUACAACAGGGUGGUCUCUGAAUAAUGUUCCGUCGGGAUCCUGGAAUAUGUUCCACCUCUACAACCAAGGCAGGAGGAAAGAAGAGAACUGCUUGCGAUGUGUAGACACCGUGGAAGUAUUGGAGGGGUUGGAGACGUUCAUGCGGGGAGUGACGUUUGGGUAUGCAUGCUUCUCUGUCCUGCAGCCUGGCUCCCACAUCACACCCCACUACGGACCAUGUAAUAUCCGGCUUAGGUGUCAUUUAGGCAUUCGGAUCCCUGAUAACUGCUCAUUAACAGUGGCUGGUGAAUCCAAGCAGUGGACUGAAAAAGAUUGUCUCCUGUUUGACGACUCUUUUCUUCAUGAAGCAGUCAACUUAAAUGAAGGAUCCGCGAACUGUGAUGAGGUCGGGUCAAGGGUUAUUCUCAUGAUUGACCUUUGGCAUCCUGAUCUCAGCGAUUUGGAAAAGGAGGCUUUCAGGAGUGUUUUCUGCUAAAAAUUGCUACACAUUCACUUCCACGAGGGCAUGAGCAAAUGUCGAAGAGAAAACUUUCCUUCACAAACAGUAAAUUUAUUUACAAUUCACUGUUGAUGCCAGAGAGACAUUUAAUAAUGACGUUUAGCAGGUUGUCGACAUUGAGACGAGGCGAGCUCACACCUCAUAAGUUUGGAGAGACCGUUAAGAUUGUUUCGUGCAGAGUUUCCUGCUCACACAAGCAUGUGAUGUGCAAACCUUUGAAACAUGCACAUUAGGCUCAUUCAUACUAUUAUUCUGAGAAGACCAGUAUACUUGUACAAUAAAAUGAAAUACGUCUGAUUAUCAAGAAUUGUUAUUAAAUCAAAUUUAUUUAUUUCAAACUGCCAACUACGGUAUAAAAGUAGCAAUGUAUAAGUGUUUGGUAAAAGCAAAAAAAAUCCUUUGAAACUGUAGCUGUACAAGUUAAAAGUAACAAUGAAAAUACAUGAUGUACAGUGUUAAAGCAUUAAG